CCGCCAGCGACAAAAGCGCCGAGCGGCCGCCGGCGCCAGCGCGGAUCCCGACACCGGCACCGGCACCGAGACCGACCCCGGAUUUGAUACCGACCCCGGCGCCGGCACCGAUACCGGAUUUAACACCGUCCCCGGCCCGGCCGCAGGAUGCCAAACUGGGGAGGAGGGAAGAAGUGUGGGGUGUGCCAGAAGGCCGUCUACUUCGCUGAGGAGGUGCAGUGUGAAGGCAACAGCUUCCACAAGUCCUGCUUCUUGUGCAUGGUCUGUAAGAAGAAUUUGGACAGCACCACUGUGGCCGUGCACGGUGAGGAGAUCUACUGCAAGUCCUGCUACGGGAAGAAGUACGGCCCUAAGGGCUACGGCUACGGGCAGGGAGCAGGGACCCUGAGCACUGACAAGGGCGAGUCCCUGGGAAUCAAAUAUGAAGAGGGCCAGCCCCACCGACCCCCCAACCCCAAUGCAGCCAGGAUGGCCCAGAAGGUGGGAGGAGCUGACGGGUGCCCCCGCUGCGGCCAGGCCGUGUACGCGGCCGAGAAGGUCAUCGGAGCUGGGAAGUCCUGGCACAAGUCCUGCUUCCGCUGUGCCAAGUGUGGCAAAAGCCUGGAGUCCACCACCCUGGCAGACAAAGAUGGGGAGAUCUACUGCAAAGGUUGUUACGCCAAGAACUUCGGUCCCAAGGGCUUUGGCUUCGGGCAGGGCGCCGGGGCACUGAUCCACUCACAGUGAGCUCCAGGGCCCGUCCCGUGCUGCCCGCUCGCCCCACGCCGCAGUGAGCGCCCCACUGUCACCCCCAGCCACCGCUGCUUCGCAGCACCCGCCCCUCCCGCCUGCCCCGGCGCUCCCAGAGCCGGGGGGCCAGCGCUGUCCCCGUGGGCUCCUGCUGGGGCAGGUGGCACGGGGGGGGCACUCCCUCGCACGGCAGCGAGGCCCCAGCGCCCGAGCCCUGCUCCGCGUCGCCCGUCCCGCCGUGACACCGAGCAAGCAAUAAAACAUCAGAGACGUCAAUGCUCGCCCAGGCCUGGCCCUGCCACUCUUUCGCUGUCUGGGGCUGAUGACUGGCACUGGGGGCCCGGAGCUGGGGAGGUGUUUGCAGUCCUGGCUUGUAAUUAAAGCCCAAUGGCAGGAAUGUGUCGGUGCAGUCAGACACGGCCCAGCUGUGGCCAGCUGAGCUCUGCAGCUCGGCUGGGAUGGGCUCCCCCUCUGCUCCCACCGAGAAUCAGCAUGGAAUGGUUUGGAUUGGAGGAGACCUUAAAGCUCUUGUUCCACCUUCUGCUGGCCCAGGUUGCUCCAAGCCAUGUCGUUGAACACUUCCAGGGAUGGGGAUAGCUUCCAAAAGCAGAGGUUGAUGCUGGGAGGCCAGGGACAGCCCUUCUGGGGUGUGUUGGUAGCACCACACGUGUGUUCAACCUCUCAAAACCCCUAUCAGUGCUUUUAGGUGGCACCUCUCCAAGCGGGCAUGCCCAGCAGUGCCAAGUAAUUAACAGCUUUUCACCUACUCCCUGCUUUUUUAGCAGCUUGUGGAUCAUUAAGCCUCCUGUUUGGCAGCUGCCCAGUUUUAAUUGGUUUCCAUCUAAACUCUUCACUGCCUUUCUGUGAUUCUCCUGUUGGACCGGUGGGACAGACUCGGAUCAGCCUCACUGCAGCUCAGAGUUAGGGACUCCACAGGGAAUUGAGUUCUGGGUUUUUUAAAGUUAUAAACAUUGUGGUUGAGCAAAUGAGAUGGGGAGUGUUCUGAGAAGCACAACAGAGGCAGAAAUCCCUUUUUGGGGCAGGACUUGGGCUCCUUCAUCAACUUAAGUGCUUUCUCCUGUUGAUCACACCCUCGGUUUUACAUGGUGUUUUCAAAGUGGAGAUGGGAGUUAAGUCUUUGCCCCUCUAGGUUCUAGCAGGACCCACUGCUCUGGGCUGUGUGGUGGCUGUGAUGAGGGGUCUAGUGGCACUUGGUGUGAGGGGCAGAGGGCCUAGGCUCAGGUAGGGUUGGGAGCUGCAGCACAGAGGGCUCAGGUACCACCCUGGUGUGGUGACCCACUUGGCAGAGACCCUGCU